GGGGGAGGGAAUGGGGUAGAUGGGGCAGGAGGUGACUGGAGUGCAGCUUACUACAGAGACAGAAGGACACACACCUGAGAGGAUCUCACACAGCCAGAGGAGCCUUCCAGCACCACAGAUCCACAGGUGAGUCCAAACUGGAUCUACUGAAUGCUAUGACUAGAGAUUGAUAGACCGUUAGUACUUCAAAUACUUAAUACUUGAUGAUACCCAGGAGCACACGUUGGAUAAAUGUAUACCUACUUGUUGAGUUAUUGUUUAUUUAACUCAAGCAACUCAUAAGCAAUCACAGCCAGCUAAUCAUGUAUAGUUGGGAAAUACUGUAUAGUUGGGAAAAGGGCCAGCAUUUCAUGCAUCAUCUGAUUUUGAUCCCAAUCUUUAACAUAUCAAUAACAUGGUGUAUUACUCUUCUAUACCUACAUAUUGAUCAGUGAAAGGGAAAACUGUACUGGUCUAUAAUUACACUGUAUAAUAUUAUCGAACUAGCAAUAAGCCUUUAUUGAUGUUCACUUUCUCAGGGUGUUCUACAAAUCAAAUCAAAUUUUACUUGUCACAUGCGCCGAAUACAACGGGUGUAAACUUUACCGUGAAAUGCUUGCUUAUGAGCCCUUCCCAAAAAUUAUAAUAAUACAAUAUUGAGUACACUGAGUACAUUUUACAUUGAGUAAAAGCAGAAGUAUUCUUGUCUCUAAUGAAUGCCUUUUAGAGGGUGAUUGUAGGGGGUGUCAAGGUUAAUGUAUUAAGUUGACAUUUGGCAAUAAAUAACUUUUCUAUAUGCUAAAGUAUGUCACUCAUGCAUUGAAAAAUCACACACACAGAAUCCUUAAACACAUAGGUCUACACACACGCACAUCUUUCACAACUCGUACUUACACACGUGAGACUUCCCGAACAAAUUUGACUCAGGGAUGUUUUAAUCUCACAAUCCAUGUAAGUUAAUGAUUAGGGGCGGCAGAUAUCUUAGUGGUUUAGAGCGUUGUGCCAGUAACUGAAAGGUCGCUGGUUCUAAUUCCUGAGCCGACAAGGUGAAAAAUCUGUCUAUGUGCACUUGAGCAAGGCACUUCACCCUAAUUGCUCCUGUAAGUCGCUCUGGAUAAGAGCGUCUGCUAAAUGACCUAUUUAUUUAAAGGCAUAGAGAUUUAUAUCAAAGAACAGAACAGAGUGUGUGUGUGUGUGUGUGUGUGUGUUGUGUGUGUAAAUCAAUAUCUCUACUACCCUCUCUAGCAACUAGUCAGAUAUAAAGGUUGAAGAUGAAGAACCAGCUAAAGCAAUUUGUUUGGACAUCUAGUGUUACUUAUCCUGUCAACGGACUUUCAUAAAAACUGGAUAAAAGCAUUAAAAACCAUUCCCCAUAUUUAUUAAAAACAGAUUAUUGAAAUGUAAUCUAUCUGAAUCCAUAACCACAUGAGACAAUGGGUUUCAGAACUAACACAAUGCCUGUUUUCAUUGGUAAUGCUACUGACAUUAAUGAUUUGCUAACUAGACACAUUAAAAUAUGUUACAUAUUGACUACUUUUGCCCUGUCAGCAAUGCCGGUGUCAAACCAAAAACAGAUUUUCUAAGCAUACCAUACUACAAUGAAUGACUAGGGAUCCAGAAAUUGUUAUUGUAGACAUGGAUACAGCUUUUGUAUAUAUCUUACUCAUUUCCUUAAUCUUAACAGACACUCACACAGACCAGCCACCAUGUCCGCCGCUGGAGGUACGUUUUACACCACUGAAUUUAAAUUACCGGUACUAGACACAGAAAAUCCACAACCAUAAACAUAGACAGGAGCCUCCUGCAUAGGCAGCCAUUGACGUUUACCCAGAUCCAUGUAGUUAGAGGAUCAGAGGGGACCACUUUACUUCUUUAUGAGUCUACCCCUCUCCUGGGACAACAGUAUGUUUCUCUGUCUACUCUAUUUCUGUCACUCCUCUGAGUGUAUUGGCCUGUAGAGUGUGGAUAUCCUCUUGGAUCUCAUCUCAUGUGUUCUCUGCUAUCUCCUCAGCUCCUGAGUAUGACCCUGAUGCAGACUUUGUGUAUGGUAAGAGACAACACAAUGGUACUGCACGUAAUGAUUAUGUGAUAGAGAGAUAGUGAUUUGGUAAUUUGAUGACGCCUAAUGGCAAGGAGAGAAUGAGUGAGCUAGAGAGAGAGAGAGAGAGAGAAAGAGAGAGAAAGAGACAGACAGACAGACAGACAGACAGACAGAGAGAGAGAGAGAGAGAGAGAGAGAGAGAGAGAGAGAGAGAGAGAGAGAGAGGAGAGAGAGAGAGAGAGGAGAGAGAGAGAGAGAGAGAGAGAGAUGUUGCCAUGGGUGAGCUUAUGAUGAGUGUGUCCUCUGUGUUGUAGACUACCAGACUCUACGUAUUGGAGGUCUGACGUUCGUUGCGGUCAUCAUGAUCCUGUCUGUUCUCCUGCUGGCCAGUGAGUCCCCAGACCAGACUGUGUGUGUGUGUGUGUGUGUGCACUCUCUCCAACCUGACUGGCUUAAAGCGAUCUAACAACCCCACCUUAAACCAAUUUAAUGAUUGUGUUCUCUAUUGCCUUGCUGUCUGUUAGGGGCAUGGAGAGUACUGUAAUAGACUGAAUCAUCAGUACUCACUGAUUGUCUUUCUCUCUCAUCCCCUAGGCAACAAAAUCCGCAAGUGUGGAAAGCCCAGGGUGAGUGUCCUGAUAACAGACAAUGGAAUACAAAGAAGAUGAGAUAUAGGCUACAUCUUGAAUGAGAGGCAGUCCACAUCCCUCCGUCAUUGGUCAAUAAAUGAAAAUGUGGUGUUGUAGAAACCAUAGUGAUCCAAUGAGCAAGUUGCUCUCAGAGAAAGCAGUUAUAAAGCAGUAUUUAAGUGACAUCUGCUGGUCAUUUUGAGACAUAGAGUAAGGGGGCUGGAAGACUUACUUGACUGAAGCGCUUGGCUCCUAUAUGGAGCAUAGGACGUGGAUGAAUGCCCUCCAUCUCACUCGGUUUGGGCCAAGUUUUACCAGGUCACACCAGUUGUGGCAGCUCUCAAUUAUUUCUGCCUGGACGUCUUUCCUCCAAGUGUUUCUUGGGUACUGGAAGAAUACAAGUUUAUUCAUGAGUGAGAAAUGAUGGUCCACAAUGUAUAUAGUUCUAAUGAAUCAGUUAUACAUAUUACUAUAUGUAAUAGUAUGAGUAAUUUAGGCUUUCAUUCACAGUCAUACCAAAAUACAUUAGUUAAAUACUUGACUAUGUUAGAUCUAUCUACUACACCUGAAGGGAGGAAUAAAAAUGGCAUUGUAACGGUCACUAUUUUUACAAGUCACUAUUUUUACAAGAGAACGUUCAGUGAAUAUUCAGUGAAUUCUAUUGUUAAUGUCCUGCCCCUCUGCUAUGUGUGUUCCAGCAAAGAAAGGAUGAAGAGCAACACCUACCGUAGGACGGCUCGGCGCUUGUAUGUUGUUGACUGUAAUGUGUGAGACUGCAUUCCUUUUGUAUUGAUAAACUGUAGACCCAC